GCGCCAGGCGCUAGCGUUUGCGCUGCCUGAUGCUGCCGCUGUGGAGCCAGCCGGGCCCGGCGCCCGCGGGGACUGUUGGGGUCCGGCCGCCCAGCCGGCCCCGGGCGGAGCUCAGCCGCGGCAGGGUGCGUUCCGCCGCCUCCUGCGGCGCGAUUGUCCCCAGGUCCAUUUGUGAGCGCUCUGUGCACCAGGAAAGAGAUGCUAGUAACAGAACAAACACACCGGAUGAUUCGGAGGGGAAUGAGAGUGAGGAGAAGGCUGAUGAAGAUAGCGAGAAGGAGGAAGAGUGGGAUACUGACCUUGAAAUAGAAGAAACUAAGGAACCUUUUGAUCCAACUGGAAAGAGCAGAUACAUAGCAGCCUGCCAACUAUAUAGAGUGGUACCCAUAUCCUAUUUCCUGCGUCACAUGAAGGACUCUGAACUGAUUAUGAAGCACCAUGGACUUGGUGCACAGGGUGCCAAAGCUUUAUCUCUUUCCUUGAUGACCAACACCUCCAUCAUAAAGUUAAACCUGAGUGAUAAUUGGCUGGAUGGAGAAGGGGCAGCUGCAGUUGCAGAGAUGUUAAAAGAAAACUGUUACAUUUCAGAUGUUGAUUUAUCUGACAACAGACUUGGAGUUAAAGGAGCCGAGGCCCUUUCUGCUAUGCUUCUGGAGAAUACUACAGUUCUUACCCUUAAACUUUCAGGAAAUGAGUUUGAUGACCAUGCAGCUAAGUACCUAUCCGAUGCCCUCCCAGCUAACAAUAAAAUGGAAUCUCUGGAUCUGAGUCACAACAUGCUUGGUGACACAUCAGGUGAGGUUCUUGGAAUGGCAAUAGCAGAAAACACUGGACUAAAGAAGCUUAAUAUCAGCUGGAACUACUUCCGUAGCCAAGGAGCAGCUGCCUUAGCCAGAGGCUUCGAGGCAAACAUGUUCCUCAGAGUUCUGGACCUUUCCUACAAUGGCUUCAGCAACAACGGAGCAGCUGCCCUGGGGGAGGCCCUUAAAGUCAACAAUGUGCUAGAAGAGCUCAACAUUAGCAAUAACCGCAUUUCACUGGAAGGAGCUCUGCGCUUUGCAGUAGGCCUGAAAGAAAACCAGACUCUGAAGAGACUUAAUAUGGCCAGAAAUCCCAUGCAGAGUGAAGGCUGCUUUGGGAUUCUCAAAUCUAUACAAGCAAAUUCUGGUGCCGUGGUAGAAAUCCUUGACUUCUCAGAGAUCCCUGCGAACAAAGACUUUGCAGACCUGUGUGAUGCUGUGAAAACGCUUUUGCCAAAUCUUCAGAUCAGAUAUGGUGGAAAUGCAGCAUUGCACAAAAAAGACCAACCAAAGGUUGAGAUCCAAUCUUGGUUCAGUGUGGAGGGUGAUUCAUAGAAUCCUUUGACCUAAAAGGAACCUCUUCAAGGUCACUUUGGGUAUGUCUACACCGCUUGCGGAAGAGAGACUCCCAGCCUGGGCAGACAGACUUGGGUUUGUAAGGCUCGCACCAUUGCUCUAAAAAUAGCUGCAUAGACAGCACUUUGACGUUGUGGCUUGGUUGGGAACUCAGGCUCUGAAGCCUACCUGCCUCCCAAGGCUUCAGCAUCCGAGCUCCCACCUGAGCCGCAACGUCACACUGUUGUCCACACAGCUAAUUUUAGAGCACUAGCACAAGCCCCACAAACCCAAGUCUGUCUGCCCAGGCUGGGAGUCUCUCUUCCACAGGCUGCCUUUGUAUACAUACUCUUAGUCUACGCCCCUGCACUGUGGCAAAAUCACUGACCAUCUCAAAGCCUUGACAUGAGGAUUUCCAGCAGCAGUGCUACAAGUGCCUCCCAUGGAAACAUUUUCCAUUUGCUCAUCAAUGUCAUUGUUAAAAGCUUCUCCUUGCUGUAGCUUUAAAUUAAUUGGACUAGAUUCGCUGCUGUGACCUGGUGCUGGAUCUCCCCAGCAGGGCAUUCUCCUGGUGCAGGAGAGUCCCUAGUGGGUACAGAGCCAGCAUAACUAGCUCCUUGUACUACCUUUCUCCUUCAGUCUUCUGCACAGGGCCUUUGUCAGAGCAGGCUGGGGGCUUGAGAAGAAUACUCUGUGCCCAGCUACACCAGCUGCCAUAGACUAGGGUAACCUGAAGACUGUAUUACUCUAUGCUGGGGCCAUGACCAACGUAGAACCGGACCCCAAUUCAAGGAGUCACAGUCAUCUACUUUUAGCCAAUAAGAACCAUUGUGAUAAUCUAGUCUGACCUGCACAACACAGGCCAUAGUAUUUCACUCCGUGAUUCUUGCAUUGACCUCUUAUCUUCUGCUUGAGCUAGAGCAGGUCUUUUAGAAAGAGCAUCCAAUCUUAAGGCAUUGAGAAUCCACAACACCCUAGGUAAGUUGUUCCAGUAGCUAAUAGCCCUCAAACCUUAUUUGGAGAAAAAGAAUUGUGUAGUGUAUGGAAUAGGACAGUAUCCCUUUAAAUAGUUUGUGGGCCCUCUAGUGUACUCACUGUGUUCUGUGUUUUUAGAAGCUGUCAGAAACCAAUCAGAGAAGCAGUAUGGGUAGCUAGACCUGGAAUGUUUGUGUACAUUCAGUAAACAUGGUUAUUUGGGACUCAGCUGUGUUUGUGAAGAUUCUUCAUAUUUUAUUUGUUUUGUAAAGAACAAAAGAUCCAACAGAUUGGAAUUCAGAAACUGAAGCCAGGUCUCCUAGCUGAGGAAAAGAUUUCUUAGGCCUUGUCUAUAUGAGUGAGUUCCGCAAAUUUAACUUAAACUGGUUUUUAAACCAAGUUAACUAAAUUAUUGCAAACCCCUGUGUGGACACACUUGUUUUGGUUUAGGUUUUGCUUAGGUUAAACCUGUCCCUAAUUGACUUAAGAUGAACCAAAAUAAAUCUGAUUUAUACCAAAAUAAGUGUCCACAAAACCUUUUUGCACCAGUUUACCUAACCUGGUUUAAACUCUCACCAUAAGCACAUGUAACUUUCCCAUGUAAACCAGUCCUUACUCUAUGCUGUGCCUUGGUUUCCCAUCUGUGAAAAAGGGAUAACACCCUCACAGGAGGGUUGGGACUUCAGAAGAUGAACUUCAUUAAUGAGUGUGCAGUGCUCAGAUGCUGUCGGGGGGGAUAUAUGAAUACCUAGGUAAGUACAUUAUUUUCAGUCUAUUUAUCCAGCUUCAGAUCCCAGCCUUUGGAUCUUUGUCUUCCUCUUUCUUGGAGAUAAAAGAGCUCUGCUAUCGGAAAUCUUCUCCCUCUGUAGGUCUUUGUAGUCUGUGAUCAUCACCUCUUAAUCUUUCUUUGAAUAAACUUAAUAGAGCUUUAAUCCCUCACUAUAAGGUAGGCUUUCCAAAUCUCAGAUCAUUCUUGCAGCUCUUUUCUGAGCUCUCCCAAAUUUAUCAACAUCAUUUUUAAAGUGUGGACACCAGAACUGGAUCCAGUAUCAGUAGUAGUCUCACCAGUGCCAUGAAUAAGCCACCUCCUUUCUUCUAUUCAAUAUUCCCUGGUUUAUACAUCCAAGGAGUGCCUUCGCUGUUAGCCACCACAUCACACUGGGAGCUCUUGUUCAGUUGGUUUCUGCCAUGAUUCCUUAAAUUCUUUUCUGAGUCCCUGCUUUUUAGGAUACAGUCCCCAUCCUGUAAUUAUCAGCUAUGUUUUUGGUUCCUAGAUCCAUUGCACCUUGCAUUUGGCUGUAUUAAAAUUGUAGCACCAGGAGGUAUCAAAAUGCCUGGAAAUCAUAAAAGAGUACAGGCACAAAACCUUAGCUCUUCCCUCAGGGAGAUAACAAUAGCAACUCCCUGACCAUUUCUCUGUGCCCACUACAGCUUCACAUCAGCAUAAAGUUUUAUGGACCCCUGUGGUGCUUUGUGCAGCACCAUUGAUUCAUUGUCCAGUUUUUCUAAUGUUGGGGUUUGGAACUCCCAAUCCCACAAAAAUUGGGGUCAUAGCAAGCCCAGCUGUACAAUAGCAACCUUAACUUCACCUUAACAAAGUUUGGGCUGAGUGUGAAUAAAUGGUCUUUUUCUAUUCUGUAGGUUUCCCAGGAAUUUUCGUAACACUACAUGUGCUCAGUGGAAUCAAAGGUCUUCCUUUUAUUUGAUGGGAACUGGAUGAGCCUUGGACACCCCCAAAAUA